GCGCGGCUGCUCGAGAACGUGCAUUUUCUGCGCGCGUCGGUGUCGUGUGAAGACACAAAAAUAAUAAUUUAUGUAAUAAUUUAGCGACUCUCCUCGAAACCACAGUGCCAGCACAUGAACGCGUGAGUUCGACCAGUCUUCGGAAUGUUACGAGGUCACAGAUAGAGGUUCCAGGCAACACCUUCCCCCUCUUCUGUCCUUCUAUAAUGUUUCUGAAAACGGUUCCUCCUGUGGUGGCAGUUCACUCAGAAUGGAGGUCCGGUAAGAGCUUGAGCCUGCCACUUUGCUUCAAUGAUAGUGCUUCAGACAGUGACUUUGUAUCUUCUAGCGGAACCCCCAUCCCGCACAAAGUCCAAAUGAUCAUUGACAGCCUUUGCAGCACACAGUCCUCAGAUAUGAACAAUGAGGUCAACUCUAGUGCCCAGUCUGCCCUCAACCUGCCCAAGCCAUCAUGUGGUGGCCACAAGUCUUGUCACAUGGACACGCUAGCAAGGACUCGACGUGCAGCGACAGACAGCAGUAAGCUUCAUGCAUUUGGCUCUGAUGCCACUGAAGGUUCAGAUAGCGAUGAUUCUGUAGAUCGAGGAAUUGAGGAGGCGAUUCAGGAGUACCUGAAAGAAAAAGUGGACCAAAAGCAUAAAAGGGAGCCGGUGGAGGACCCAAUACAGAUAACAAAAGUCCAAGAGGAAGAAUAUUGUAUGGCAGAUGCACCUAAACAGGUCAUACAUUCCACCAAGGUGCUAACUAGUAGCAACACUACCCUGAAAGGUUCAAAAGGAAUCCAGCCAUUGGGAGGCUUGAAGAAAAAGAAAAAAACAAUCAAAGAGACCCCGUUUGGAAAAACAGGUGCCUUUAAAGCUUUGCCUGCAAAAGCUCCACCUUCCUCUGGAACAUCUUCCAGUUUGCCACAAGUGGAUUGUACUUCACAUUCACUCAAAAUUAAAGAGGAAGAUUUAAUGGAUUCAAGCAGUGAUGAUGGGAUUGAAGAAGCCAUACAGAAGUUUCAGCAAAAAGAGAAGGAGCGUCAUGAGGGCUUGACGUGCGUUCAGCUGAAGGAAGUGCUGGACUCUAGUAGUGAUGAUGGCAUUGAAGAGGCAAUAAGGAACUACCAACAGGAAAGGCAAAAGGAAAAGGAACACAAACCUCACCCAAAGCAAAGUUGUUUGAUGGCUGAUCACAUUGCUGUUAAGCCUCUUAAAAAACUAGCUAAGAAAAAGAACAGAAAGAAAAAUGCAGUGGAACCUAAAGAAAUUAAGUGUGCUUCUCCUAAUCCUGUAGGCCUCUCUUUCAGCAUGCUGCCUACAUGUUGUGUGGUGGCAGGUGGAGAUUCAUUGUGCUCCACUAGAGGUGAAGAGCCAAAUAUUGGACAGCAAAUUCAUUCUACGCUCACAGUCAACACUACUGCUGAGCUGAUGUGUGCCGAGGCCAUCUUGGACAUCUCCAAGACUGUGAUGCCUUCAGCAUUUGAGCCCAACUUGGACCUGGCCAGUACCCCAACAACAGAGACCGCAUCUUUCCUUCCCACUGGUGUUUCACUGCAGAAAUAUGAAAAAAGUGAUGAGAGCUCUGUGGACAGUGAGGAUGGAAUUGAGCAAGAGAUUCGUAAAUUUCUGGAGCAUAAAGCAAAGCUGCAUGAACAGGCAUCCACAACUGACUACCCUGGAGUAUCCACAGCCACUAAAGCUCCUCAACAGAUCAAGGUGGAGGAGGAUCAGAGCAAAGCACUAAGGCUGUCCUUUUCACGAAAAAGGAAACGGAAAGAAGAUGGCAUAAGUUGUAAACAAGGAAUUUCUGGUAAUACAUUGAAAGAGGAGCCUCAACCCAAACCCCAAACCCAGAGUGAGUUCCCUCCUGUUACAUGGCACACUUGUAGCUCGAAUAUUGUAAAGACUAUUGACUAUGCACAUUGCUCUCCCCAUCACAGCAUUACAGAAGGAUUCACAUCCAUAAACAAGGUUUCUAGCCUUGGAACCAGUCCCUCAGAGUAUUUUUUUGGCUCUGAGAGGAACUACAGCAGUGAAAAGAGUAGCUCUUUGGACAGUGAUGAGGAUCUUGAUGCAGCAAUUAAAGAUUUGCUCAAGACGAAGAAAAAGGUGAAGAAGAAAGUCCGGGACAUGAAACUUAAAGCACGAAAGGGCCAGAAACCCAUCCAACAACCAGGUACGGACACCUUAAAAAAACACAAAUCUGUCAAGGAUCAAAAUUUGGUUCUUGCAUCUGUGAAACCUGGUGUUAUAAAAAGCAGCAAAGGGCUGAUGAGCAUAUCCAGACAGGACAAAGGAGCUAAACCUAAAUGUUUGAAGUCACAGAAAAAUAGCAAAAAUCCUAAAAUCUCCACAAAGGAAGUCCAGGGCUCUGGAUUCAAGAUGGCAGUCCAUGGAGUCCAAUCUACACAUGUUGAUGAGGAGAGCAGCUCAGUGGACAGCGAUGACAGCAUUGAGCAAGAGAUUCGUCGGUUCUUGGCUGAGAAAGCAAAAGGGUCUUCUACAUCAGUGACUACCCAGAAGCAGGAUAAUGCUGGAGGUGCAGAAGAAACUGCCUUCAAUACAAUUGGAGCGAAAAAUGUUAAAAUAGAGGAGCUUUAUACAAAGUCUUCUGAUCUUUCAAGAGCUUCAUUGAGCAUGGACUUAAGUCAGAAAGAGCAAACGCAGGGCAUUCCCCUGAACAUUAAGGGACCACCUUCAUCAUUUGCCAGCUGCUGCACUUUGGAAGAGGACAGUAAGGGUGAUCAAUUGCAUGAGAGAACUUUGCAUGAGUGCAAGGAUAUCAGCUUAGAAACAGACAAGGACUGGGCUCAAAAGGUAACAUUAAAGUUCACAGACAGAACUGAUUCUGAAACAUUUGUUAUUAAUGUAACUGAUCCACAGGAUCCCAAGAGUGCUGCACAGCACCAGAACCUGUUUCUGAUGAAGCAUGAUAACUGCAGUAUAGGUUCAGCUAGGGAAAAAUGUUCAGAAGACCUGUCAAGCAGUUUGCAGAACAGGAGUAGAAUUCCUCUUAUAGAGGCUAUUAGCACUGUGUGUCCCUCUCCCCCUCCAGUAGAAAAACACUUUCUUAGUUCCUCUUCACAGACUCUCAUGGUUGCCAAGAAAGAUUGCCAGGAAGGUCCUGCUGAGAGCAGGUCUGAUUCAUUCGAUCUGUACAGUUGGGAAAGGAAAGGACAAUGGGACCAACCUCCUAAUCUGACCUCUAACAGCAGACAUGCAUCCUCAAAUCCUGCACACCUAUCUAGGCACCUGCCUCAUUACCCCUCUCACCUUUCAUGCGUCCCCCUACCCCUUGCCAUAUCCCAGCCACGUGCAGGUGCUAGCUUGGUCCACCUGCGCAGAGAUCAGCCCUCAGUUGUAGCUCUGUCAGCUCACAAGUCCACUCACCUGCAGCUUAGAAAUACACAGAAAGAUACCAGAAAAACCAGUGAAGGGAGAGAGGAAGAGUCGGAAAGGUGCAUAGAUGAGACAGAUGUAGACUCAGGUGAAGAGAAGACAGAUAGGAGACAGCAGCAAUGCAGCCAAUCUUGGUCCACCUGUAUUGAUCCAGGUGCGCUUCUCAGUCCCUACAUUGCCCUUAACUCAGAGGAAAGGAGCCAGAAAUUCAGACACAAUAAGCAGAGAUGCAGAGUCCUGAAAGCUGCGAGAAGGAAACUGCAGUUUGUGUUCAGCAGUGCAACGAUGAAGAGCUUAUGAUGAUUCAUACAUGAAAGAUACUCUAUAAGAGAUGUGCUACCGUACCAUUAUGUGGUAAUUAUACUGUUUAUGCGUUCCUUUUUUUUUUAA